CUGUAAUUGUAUGUAUGACAAGUUUUGAGAAGCUUCAAAGUUGACAAAUCAAGAAAUCCUUAAUCCAACUUAUAAUAAGCUGAACAAUAUUACCUUAACAUCUUUGAGGGAAUUUUUGUUUCUCAAGUCUCUAUAUCUAGGGCAAUCAAUGAAAUAAUAGUAUCUUAAUAUCCUUGAGUGAGCUUCCAUCUCUCAAGUCUCUAUAUCUAGGCAACAACAAUUACCAAGCAUCUAGCCAUGCUGACAGUAUAGCUGUCCAUCCUUGGUUUAUAGAAACCCAUUUUCUUAUUGUUUCAUUGUAAUAUAUAUAAGACUCUACCACUGAAUUAGUAAUUGUACAUAUUGCAAGUUUUGAGAAGCAUUCUAAGUUGAGGAAUUUAGAAAUUCUUGAUCUAAGUUCCAAUCAGCUCAACAAAGAUAUCUUAACAUCUUUGAGUGAGCUUCCAUCUCUCAAAUCUCUCUAUCUAGGCAACAACAAUUUUCAAGCAUCUAACCAUGCUAACGGUAUAGUUGUCCAUCUUUGGUUUAUAAAUAACCAUUUUCUUAUUGAUGCCGAAAGGUCCAAUUCAAGGUAAAGAAGAAGAUGGUCCUAUUGAUAUAGAGGUAUUCUGUGUGAGUUUUAUUGUAUCAUACAUAAUGGUGUUGGUAACUAUUGCCGCAGUUCUCUACAUAAAUCCUUAUUGGAGGCAGGCUUGGUUCUUUUACAUUGAGAUGUGCUUCAAUUCUUGCUACUAUUUUAUGGUAGAUCAUCUACCCAAGCAAUUUCGUUAAAGAAAGUACCCAUAUUAUAGGUGUCAUUGCUAAUUAUGUUGUUUCCCCUUUUUUCCUAUUCAAAAUUGCAAUGAAAAGCCUCUUAUUAAAA